AUGGCGGCCCUUAUCCACCACAACUGCCUCCACCCCGCUGCCGGCUCCGCCGCUCUUACCCUCUCCGCCAACUCCACAGUCCCUCACUCGAAACCCUUUGCUCAUUCGCAAGUCACCUCCUCUCUCUUCCCCUCCAAAACCUCCCUUUCUCUCUCUUCCUCCAAAACCCAGCUCUUCCCUUCAUUUCCCGCCACCAAAAUCCCAUCUUUUCAGCACAAUUUCACCGCAGACCAUCCCAUAAACCCUAAACGCCUUUCCAAUCAUGAGCUCUCGCGCCUGCUCAAGCUAUCCAUCGAGUACAGGGACGCACAGCUCGGUAAAGCGGUACACGCUUCAAUUCUCAAGGUACUACAGGACUUACGCUUGUUCAACUCCCUCAUCUCGUCUUAUAUCGAGCUGGGCAACUUGAAUUACGCCGAGAGAGUGUUUAAUUGUUUGUUAGCCCCUGAUAUUGUGUCUUUUACUGCUAUGAUUUCUUGUUUGGCGAAAUCGAGCCGAGAGGGUGAAGCCGUGGGCCUCUUCUUCGAGAUGAGGGGCUCAGGGAUCGAGCCCAAUGCCUACGCUUUUGUGGCCCUGUUGACUGCCUGUAUGCGCUUGCUUGAUCUUGAGUUGGGCUCCCAAGUCCACGCUUUGUCUAUCCAAACCGGCCACUUGAACUGCAGUUAUGUGGCGAAUUCCCUGAUGGCUUUGUAUGGUAAAUGUGGUUGUUUUGAUCGUGUAGUCAAACUGUUUGUUAAUAUGCCCCAAAGGGACAGUGUCUCUUGGAAUACCGUGAUUUCGUGUCUGGUUAAGGAUGGUAUGUAUGAUAGGGCAUUCCAAAUGUUUCAGAGUAUGAUAAUGGAAGGAUUCAAGGCGGAUUAUUUUACGCUUUCGAGUGUCUUGGUUGCUUGCACAAUGCGAUUUGCAAAACUUGAAGGCACGGCAGUUCAUGCUUACGCCCAUAAAAUCGGGUACGAGAACAAUUUGAGUGUGAGAAAUGCACUUUUCGAGUUUUAUGCAAAGUGCGGAUGUGCAGAAGAUGUCGGGACUCUAUUUGACCGCAUGCCCGUUCGGGAUAUUUCCACUUGGACCCAAAUGAUUAAUGCGCACAUGGGAUUCGGGCUGGUCGAUUUGGCUCUGGAGGUAUUUACUAAAAUGCCCAAGAGGAAUUACAUCACCUACAAUGCCGUACUUUCUGGAUUUUGCCAAAAUGGCCAUGGAUCGAGCGCAUUGAGAUUUUUCCAAGAAAUGGUGGGGUCAGGCAUGGAGAUAGAUGACUUCACUUUGACGGGAGGUUUGAACGCUUGUGCGCUGAUAAGGGAUUUGAAAUCGAGCGAACAAGUUCAAGCUUUUGUUCACAAGAUUGAUUUCGGCACGAACGAGUACAUCCAAGCGGCAUUGCUCGACAUGUGCACCAAGUGUGGGAGAAUGAGUGAUGCUGAGAAGAUGUUUGAUCGGUUGCCAUUAGAACAGAGAAGAAGAAGCUCGAUUAUGCUGACGACUAUGAUUAGUGGGUAUGCUCGGAACUCGAAUCCUGAAAAGGCGCUUUCUUUAAUCAACAAGUGGCUGUAUGAAGAAGAAGCCAGUGUUCUUCUGGUCCUUCUCGAUGAAGUUGCACUAACUUCAGUCUUCAGCGUGUGUGGAGAUUUAGGGUUUAUGAAACUCGGUGAACAGUUUCAUGCCGGGGCUUUGAAAUACGGGCUCUCGUCUGAAAUUGGUUUUGGAAAUUCAAUCAUUAGCAUGUACUCCAAGUGUGGUGACAUGGAAAAAGCAAUUAAGGCGUUCGAUAAAAUGUCCAAACUCGAUAUUGUGUCUUGGAACAGUGUUUUGAAUGGAUAUAUCGUUAAUCGACAGGGAGAAAAGGCUUUACACAUUUGGGAAAAGAUGCAGAGAAUGAAAAUACAGCCGGACAAAGUCACGUGUGUCUUGAUCAUUUCAGCUUACCAGCACACGAGCUCGAGUUUAGUUGACCAGUGCCGGGACUUCUUUUUCUCGAUCAAAUCCAUUUAUCAAAUCAAACCCAAUUCGGACCAUUACGCCUGUUUCGUCGGUGUUUUAGGCCACUGGGGGUUUUUAGAAGAAGCUGAGGAGGUAAUCGAGAAAAUGCCGUUCGAACCCGAGGCUUCUGUCUGGAGGGCCCUGCUCGAUAGCUGUAGAGUACACGAAAACGUCACAAUAGGGAAAAGGGCCGCCAAGAAUAUUUUAGAAAUGGAGCCACAAGACACUACGACCUAUGUGCUAAAAUCUAAUCUCUAUUCAGCUUCCGGAAGGUGGCACUGUUCUGAACUCGUACGUGAAAAGAUGAAAGAGAGAAGGUUCCGGAAGUUUCCAGCCCGAAGCUGGGUCGUGCAUGAUAACAAAGUUCACUCGUUUUUCGCCCGGGACAAUUCUCACGUGCAGUCAAAGGACAUUUACAGCGCGCUGGAUAUUCUAUUUUCGGAAUGCUCGAAAGCAGGAUAUUUGCCCGACACGAGAUUUGUGCUGCACGAUGUGGAGGAGCAUCAGAAGGUGAAUUUCUUGCUGUACCACAGUGGGAAAUUGGCGGCUGCAUAUGGAGUUUUGAUGGCUCGGCCCGGAAAGCCCGCGAAGGUUUUCAAGAAUGUUCAUCUCUGUGGGGAUUGCCACACGUUCUUAAAAUACGUGUCAAUCGUUACGAAGAGGGAGAUACACUUUAGGGAUGGUUCUGGUUUUCACAGGUUUGCUAAUGGUGAGUGCUCUUGCAGAGAUUGCUGGUGA